UACAACACAGGCUCCAGUAUAUAAAUCAGGCAAAUUCCCCAUUUGAGCAUGAACUUCUGAAAACGGCCUGCAUCUAAGGUCUCCUCCAAAGCCCUCUGGAGUCCAGCCCAUAAUGAAGGUCUUGGCCGCAGGUGUUGUGCCCUUAUUGCUGGUUCUGCACUGGAAACACGGGGCAGGGAGUCCCCUUCCCAUCACCCCUGUUAAUGCCACCUGUGCCACACGCCACCCAUGCCAUGGCAACCUCAUGAGCCAGAUCAAGAACCAACUGGCACAGCUGAAUGGCAGCGCCGGCCCCCUCUUCAUUUCCUAUUACACAGCUCAAGGGGAGCCGUUCCCCAACAACGUGGACAAGCUGUGUGGGCCCAACAUGACAGAUUUCCCACCUUUCCAUCCCAACGGGACAGAGAAGACCAAGUUGGUGGAGCUGUAUCGGAUAGUCGCAUACCUGAGUGCUUCCCUGGGCAACGUCACCCGGGAUCAGAGGAUCCUGAACCCCAAUGCUCUGAGCCUCCAUAGCAAGCUCAAUGCUACUGUAGACAUCAUGCGCGGCCUCCUCAGCAACGUGCUUUGCCGGCUCUGCAACAAGUACCACGUGGGCCACGUGGAUGUGACCUAUGGCCCCGACACCUCCAGCAAAGAUGUCUUCCAAAAGAAAAAGUUGGGCUGCCAGCUCCUGGGGACAUACAAGCAAGUCAUUAGUGUGGUGGCCCAGGCCUUCUAGACAGGAGGUCUCGAGUAUGCCAUGGACUGAGGGUUUUCAGGAGCAGGAUCCAGAUGUGGGGAGGGGGGCUCAAAGUGUGUUGGGGUUCAGGGCAUUGUUAAAUGCAAAGGGGGCUGCUGGCAGACCCCAGGGAUUUCCAGACACCCACUGCACUCUGUGCUGGGCCGUGAUGGAGUCCAGCACAGCUGAAACUUCAGGGCUUUCACAUAGCCCAGCACUAGCUAGAAAUGGCAAUGAAGGUGCUGGACUGGGGAGGGUAAGUUGGGUGAGAUUUCUGUCCCGCUGACUCUGUCAGCCCCUUGUUCACUAGGUAUGUGAACAAGAUACACGAAGGUCAGGGGGGUCUGCUGGCCCCUGCGGAAUGACCACCUCCUUUGAGAGACUUUGGGAGCCUUAGUUGGAAUGUGGGCAGGCCAGAGGAUCCAGAAGGGCUUCUUGUCAUUUUGAAGUUUUGUGGGUGAAGACAGAGAGGGUACACUGUGACAGAAUGUGUCUUCAGGCUUAGGGAUUGUCAUGUCAGGUGGGAGAUUCCGAAGGUCACUAGUGUUCAGGCUCUUGGGGAAGAAGAGAGGCCAUCUUCAGGUCUGGAAAGGAAGUCCCUGGAAGAGGAUGAGCCCUUCAAAGCCUGAUGGGCUCUUUCUUUUCCCUGCUGUUUCCCCUACACCCUGGCACGGUCGGGGUCUCCUGCCUGGACCUGGAGGUGGGUGUGCACAGGUGGGAAGAAGCAGGUUGCAAAUGCAGGGGGGGGUUGGUUCAGCGGGUUCCCAGAGUCCUCCCAGGGAAGGAUCUGUCCCUCUAGGAGCCAGGGAGGGAGUAAGGCAGUCAUGCUGGGGUAGUAGCAGACUGCAGGUUUCACCUGCUUUCGUUGACCCUGGAGAGCAGAUACUCCUGAACCCACAGACAGGUAGCCUAGAGUCUGAGGCCCUGGAGGUCACACAAUGGUACUUGAGGGGACCAGAGGCUGUCUUGGGUCCCUAGAGCAUGGAGAAGCAGAACUUGAGGUCAGGGUCUCGGGGAAGCUAGAGAUCCCAGAGCGGUGAAUCAGGGCUGCUGUCUAUUUAUUACUAUAUCCUAUUUAUGUUAACUUAUUGGUGCUUUAAAUGGCAACGUUAAUUCCCCGAAAUAGCAUGAGGCCCCUCACAUGGGAGUCAGGGUCAAGCCUCACCUAGUGGGGUCUGGUCUGGGAGCUGAUGGUAUUACAGGUAGGGUAAGUCUCACGGGUGAAGCCUAGAGAAGGGUUAAGAUUAGAGAGCUGGCUAGCUCCCCUGCCUCCCAUCGUGACUCACUUUGAGGGUGUCAGUGUCCCCCAGAAGGAGUUAGGCCAGUUUGUGGAGUGGCUGAUUCCUCUUUGGUCUCCAGGGGGUGGAGCGUUUGUGGCUGUUGUUGUUUUGUCCCACGGUGCUCUCUGGCGCCCCCUGGAUUCCUGCUGUGCGGUGCACCAUUCAUAACGAAAUGGAACCUUGGGCAAAGCAGAUUCCUUGUUUCUCAAAGAGCAGCUGAAAAGCACGGAGAUCUCCUGACCGGGUAUCCAGCAUGCUUCCACUCAGCGUGGAAGCUCCUCGGGUGGCCUGAACACCCACAGAAUGCAGGAAGUUGGGGCAGUGCAGGCUCUGAACUGGGCCUGAACGGCUGCCCAGUGCUCCGAAGAAGGGGAGAGCAAGGCCUGAGAGCCAGGCCUGGGACGCGGACCAGGAAGCCGUGCUCCUUGCUUCAACGCUGCCUUCCCACUCCCGCCCAUGUCUGGGCUCCCAGGCAGGGAAUCCGAUCUGAUCUCUCCUUUGUGCUGGGGCCAGGCAAGCAGAGGAACGCCCUCGAUCUGGGAGCAGGGUAGGGGGAAGGCAGCCAAGCCGGGGCAGUGACUGACUACAGUGCCUAGCUGCCUCUCAACCUCUGAGCAGGGCGGUCCUUGGCAGUUUCGCUGCGGGGCUCUGCUUCAUGCAUUUUUGCACCUUUCUUUGUCGAUCUCUAAGCACUUUACCUGGAUGGCAGGAGGGUAGCCCCUGAAGCUCUGGGUAGCACAGGCCCGGAACCAUGGGUGCCGCAAGGAGACUCACAUGUGGCAGCGACACUGUGGCCCAGCUCUCCUGCUGCUGCAUCAGGCCCAGCUCAGGACUGGCUGCCCUUCUCCAAGCUGAGAGGCAACUUGUCUAAACGCCAAGAUGAUCCCGCAGCUGGGGCCUGCUGGGUCUUGCCAUCCCUUCACGCCCCAUGGGCAUGGAUUCCCUGGGCUCAGCCCACCUGGCAGCUUUGAAGGCUCAGGGACCAAUGGACUCUUCCUCUGUGUGCACAGUCCCUGGCUCCACAUUGCAGCCACCACCUGCCUACAUCUGACUCCAGCAGUUUAGAGCCGUUUCGCAUAGCAUCCCAGAGUCAUGGAGCCUUUGGGCGAAAGAACACGCAGGCAGCUGUGCAUCUUGAUAUCUUACCCCUGCUAGUGUUGACUCCCAUCCGGCAUGAUAGGUAGUGUGCCUGGGCCAGAGGAGGAGGGAUGGGGCAUUUUGCAAUUUAUCAAGAGAGAAGCAUAGGGUCCUUUAUUUAUUAUUUAAAACUUCUAACCUGAAAGCACUGAGAGUUCACUGGUCUCCUCCCUGUCCUUGACCCUUACUCAAGCUAUCCAUCUCUGCUUUGCUGGCUCUCUGGAGCAGAUGCGGCAUGUGGGCCAGGACCCCAGAGUCUUGCUCGGGAAUGGCUUAAGAUGUGCAAUGGUAUGGCUGUCUGCUUUUGAAUGGCCCCCAGUCCUAGCCCAGGCUCUCCUCUGCUGGUUCAGCCUGUGGGACCUCAGCUGUUUCCCUUUUCCUUUUCAUUGGAAAGGACUUGGCCUUGGGUGACAAAUUCCUCUUUGAUGAAUGUACCCUGUGGGAAUGUUUCAUACUGACAGAUUAUUUUUAUUUAUUCAAUGUCAUAUUUAAAAUAUUUAUUUUUUAUACUGAAGGAGUAUCUUUUUUAAAAAGAAAAAAUGAAUUAAUAAAGUGCCCGCUCUUGUCAA